CUCUGAGGCACGAUACGGCGUCGUAUCUCGACUCAAUAACUUCAAUUAAACCAUAUUAUACAGAAAACAAGCAAGAAUUAUAUUAAAGUGAAUGUUAUAGUUGUGUGUUUAGGCUAAUAACAAUAAAUCGCAGUGCUAGUGACAAUUAAAAAGAGCGGGCAAAAUCUGUGCAAGUGACUAAAAAAUCUAUUUUUAGAUAGGUAACAGUGGCGCGAUUAUGUUUUCGUGUAGCGUGUGCGGAAAUAUUCCAUUCAGGCGUAUGAUUUGAACUAUUUAUUCUAAAAAGUUAAUUAUUAUUAUUAAGAUCUGUGUACUUUUACUUAUAUUAUAGUAACUGGUGUAGAACAUUCAAUGAUUACAAGUCUGACGACUGACAGCUCAGCUCACCAAGACACCACCACAGAUUAACAUACCUAGUAAUAUAAUCAAUGCACAUAUGUGAGCGUAAGAAGUGAUGUGAAAUUCUUGCGCUUAUCGAUUUGUUAGAUAAUUUCAAGGACACAACUAUUUACUACAUUGAUAAAUUGUAUAUUUCAUGUAUAUGCUUAUAUUUGAUUACAAUAAAUGAAACAUGGAUUCGCCAGCGAAAGAGCAAAUUGAAGUACGUAGAACUACUUCAGCAUCAUCCAAUCAACUUUAUAUUGACGAAGGCUUAGAUUUGCCUGACGAUACAUUCCGUAUGAGCUUGGAUUACAUGACAGAAAUAGAUCCCGCGGUUGGAGAAAAAUCUACAAGUGAUACUAAAACCAAUUCGCCUAACGUAGAAAGAGUGGAAAGAGAAAACUUACUUACUCCUACAUUAUGCGAAUCCCCACCAAUUGUAGAAACUCCCAAACAUGUCGAUGAUUCUAAAGAACCACAAAAACAUAUAAAUAUUCUAAAGUUAUCAUUAUCAGCCAUGAAGGAAAACGACAUAUUCGUUAAACCUUCCCCGAUACCUCCAGAAAUCAUGUCACCAGCUAAAAUGCUUCAAUAUGAAGUAGACUUCUCAAGCAGCGCUACACCGACCAUGAAGCGAGCUGCUAUUGAUUUUAAUUUUUUUAAUAAAUACAACUUUGAAGAGUACUUUAAUGAGGAACAAGAAGGAACGCAGACAAAGAGUAAUGAAGAAACUUUGGCGUAUAAAGAGACGCCAGUUAUUGUUAAAACCAGCACAGUUCGACACGAAAUCGGGUUUGUGAAUCUAAAUGGUGCUUCUAAAGUGGACAUAUCUCACUUCGACCUUCUUAAAGUUCUCGGAACUGGAGCGUACGGCAAGGUCUUCCUGGUGAGGAAGCGGUGCGGCGUCGACGAGGGCAAGCUGUACGCUAUGAAGGUUCUGAAGAAGGCUUCCAUUGUACAGAAGCUGAAGACGGCAGAGCACACGCGCACCGAGCGACAGGUGCUUGAAGCAGUGAGAGCGUGCCCAUUUCUCGUCACCCUCCACUACGCCUUCCAGACAGACGCGAAGCUGCAUCUCAUACUUGACUACGUGGCCGGAGGUGAACUGUUUACACACCUGUAUCAGAGAGAACACUUCAACGAGAACGAGGUCCGGAUAUACAUAGCAGAAAUCAUUUUAGCCCUGGAGCAGUUACACAAGCUCGGUAUCAUCUACCGCGACAUAAAAUUGGAGAACAUCCUCCUGGACGCGGAGGGUCACAUCGUGCUCACUGACUUCGGCCUCUCGAAGGAGUUCUGCGGCGGAGAGAGCCGAGCGUACAGCUUCUGUGGCACCAUCGAGUACAUGGCGCCGGAGGUGGUCAGGAGUGGCAGCCAGGGCCAUGAUAUUGCGGUGGAUUGGUGGUCUGUCGGAGUGCUGACUUACGAGCUGCUCACGGGCGCCUCGCCCUUCACCGUGGAGGGAGAGAAGAAUACCCAGCAGGAGAUCACCAAGCGGAUAGUACGCUGCAGCUACCCGGUCCCUAAUGACGUCAGCCCCGAAGUGCAGGACUUCAUCAAAAAAUUGCUAGUAAAAGACCCCCGUCGUCGCUUGGGUGGUGGGGAGGGAGAUGCAGAGGAACUGAAGAGGCAUCCCUUUUUCCAGAACCUGGACUGGGAGUCGGUCGCGCGGCGCGACCAGCCAGCUCCGUUCGUGCCGCAGCUCUCGCACGCGGCUGACACGUGCAACUUUGCGGACGAGUUCACUCGCAUGCCGCCCACAGACUCGCCGGCACUCGCGCCCAAGCACCAUGAUAAAUUGUUCCUUGGUUACUCCUACGUAGCGCCGAGUAUCCUGUUCUCUGAGAACGUGAUAUCCGACCAGAUCUGGAUGCAGGCCACGGGGCAGAACCAGGACAACUUAAAGGGCUGGAUCGCUAAGGACUCUCCGUUCUUCCAGAAGUACGCCGUGGACCUGAGCUCACCACAGCUGGGCGAUGGCUCGUACGCCGUCUGCAGGAAGUGUAUACACCGGCAGACGGGGAAGGCGUAUGCUGUUAAGAUAAUAUCAACGCAGAAGAAGGACGUAAAGCAGGAGAUAGAGCUGUUGAAGGCAUGCCAGGGUUGUCCCUACAUCAUCACACUUCACGAAGUAUUUCAAGACUCGGCGUUUACAUACAUAGUGACGGAGCUGGUGACCGGCGGAGAGCUAGCGUCUCACCUGGGCUCCAUCAGCGAGAGGAACGCGCGGCGGAUUGUGGCGCAACUGGCUCUGGCUGUGAGGCACAUGCACACGAGGCGGGUCGUGCACAGAGACCUUAAACCUGAGAAUAUUCUGUUGACCGUGAGCCGCGUGAGUGAAGCGCGCGUGAAGGUCGUGGACUUCGGGUUCGCGAGGCGGGCGCCGCUCUGUGACGACCGGCAGCGGAUGAUGACGCCCUGCUUCAGUUUGCCGUACGCUGCGCCCGAAGUCGUGUCGUGCGCGCGCGGCUCCAGUAUGAACGGGUACGGGCCCGCGUGCGAUAUGUGGAGUCUCGGAGUUAUCACGUACUGUAUGCUGUGUGGCAAGGCUCCGUUCCAGCCCACAUCCCGCAGAGAACCUCUGACCUCCUACAUGGACAGAAUCAAAGCGGGCAGCUUCACUAUGGAAGGUGCAGCUUGGGAUAAAAUCAGCUCAGACAGUAAGAGCAUUGUGUCUGGUCUGCUGGCCGUGGACCCGAGUCAACGUCUGUCAGUUCACGAGCUACUCGACAAACUGGGGGUCUGCAGCGACGAGGGAAGCCACUUUAAGCUCGCCGAUAUGACGAAAGCCGAUCUCUAUAAACGAAGAAGUAAGAACAAGCAGCGUACAUCCAGCCCCGAGCCGAGCACAUCGGAAAUACCAAUAAUGCCCGAGGAGACCAGGGAGUCCACGCUCCUGGAAACCAUCACCAACCUGCAGAACCGCAUGAACAAGAGCUCCAUCGACCAGGACAUCGAGCUGAUCAAAGCGAACACACUAGAGACUCCAGUUGAAGAAGAGAACUACGAAAUGCCGCCGGUGAAACCCGUCGAGAAGACGUACGCGAAGUCCAGGUCGAAACUGGACGAGUUUAUUUACAUCGAGAGCAGUAAGGGCCUGGAUGGAACCGAGGUUGCAUUCCCGAAAUCAACGAGAGUGUCACUCUCUCCCGUGCCGAAGAAGCGCAGGAAAGUGGAAGGAAUGGAGUUGAGAAGCAAAGUUGAGGCUAAAGUAGAAAUAAAAGAAUUACCCAAACGCGGCCGCGGACGACCUAAGAAAGUACCCGAUAGUGAGACUAGAAAUGCCAAGGAGUCAAUUGAGAACGAAACAAGAGUUACGAGGAAACGGAAACACGAGGAAACCAAACCCGUGCUGAGGGAGAAGGAGCAAAACGCACAGAGUAAACAUAGCACAGAGAGCAGGAAGAUGGCGAGGGCGAAGCGAGCCGCGCCCGCCGAGGAUGACGUCAGGAUGACGCGGUCGAGGCGCCGGAGACUCGAGAUCAGCCUGUCACCGUCCGAAGUUAAGAAAGUCCUCCCGACGCUGUCCAUAGAGUCAGAUAGACGCGUCAACUCCAUAGAAAGCAAUAAGUCUAAUACCAAAAAGAAAAAAAGCGCUAAGAAACCACCAACCAAAACUGCGAAGAAUAUAAAAAACGAUAAGAGUAAACCUAAAAAAACAAUAGCGAAACGAACCCGCGGCAACCGCAGGUGAAAACUUGCGACAAAUAGUUUAAUUCCAAAGCGUUAUGAGAAGAACACAAAAAAAAGUGACGAUCAACGGACGCUCAGUUUAGUUUAAAUUUAUUUAUUAAAGCUUCUUGGUGACGAAGGAAAUAGAUUCAAGUUUUUUUUCUUCUUCUUUAAUGUUACUAUUAAUUUAAGCUCUUUCCUUUUACCAUUAGGUGUAAUUUUGUUGUUAAUGUAUUCUGAUUAGAAAAUUAUUCAUAAUUAAUUAUAAUUAGAUAAAUUCUAAUGUGUGUGCACUGAAAUUUUAGUUAUUUUUGUGGUGGGGUGGAAAUAUAGAGAUUUGGGGAAAAGAGGCGAAACUCUUCUUCAUAUAGCUCAAGUCUGGUUUGCCAAAAUUGGAGAAUGCCCUUAACAUGCAAAAAAUAUUUUAAUCUUUUGAAUCAACGCCAUUACUCUGAUUUUUUAAUUUCCUAACUCUUUAUUCGUGCUCUAUAAUCUAGAAUAUUAUUGUCUAUUAUCCUGACUUUCUGAUUUCACUUAAUAACUAAUAAUUUAAUUAUCUAUUGAAUAUAUUGUGGAAUCAAUUUUAUUGAAAUAGACUUGAAAAUAUUUUUAAUUUAAUUUGGCUUGAAAGAAAAUCCUUGUAAUGUCAAUCUUGACAGCUGUCAUAUAAAAAUUAUAGUCUCAUCUGUUUAUUUUCUACUCUCUGUUUAGUAAAUAAUAUUUCGCUACCCGUCGAUUGUUUUACAUAUAAAAAUUGAGUCCUUCACUUUGCUUUAAAUAAAAAUCAAUCUAAGAAUUUUCUAAAAUUUAUAAAACGCUAAGGUUUGCGGCGAGAUCGGAUAUUUAUAAGCUUUGGGCUUCGGAAGGUGAUGAAUUUGUAAUUAAAUCUAAUAUAAUAUGCACUUGGUUAAAAUAGCUUAGAAGAUACUAUUGAAACGCGAAUGAACAUCCUCUGUACAUGUAAAUAUGGACUUUAACGUGCGUAGAUAGGAACCGAAAUUGUUUGUAUAUGUGUACGUCAGAUAAGAUUUAUCAAUAUAUAGUGCUGUUGUAUUUAGUAUGUAUUCAGUGAUAUGUGUUAAUACCUAAAAACAACUGACAGAUGCCUUGUAUCAAUAGUUAUGUCAGCCAGACAGGCUGAUUAAAAAUAAAAAUGAUUAUCAUCGGUAGGAGCUUUUUGGGUGAAUUUUGUUUUCACUCGGCGUUAUAUUUUGUUCAUAACAAUUUUAGCGGCAUCAUUGGAAACAUUCCGAGCUGUUGGUACUUUUCAAAAUGUAACGAUGGAUCCACUGAAAUAUAAUAUUUGAGUUUUAAUGACAGAAUAGUAUAAAUGAAAUUUCACAAUUUUGAGAUAAGUUCCCCCAGUAUCGGCUCAAUAUGAUAAUUGGUGUGUCCUCACAAUUUUUAAAAUUACGGCUCGUGGCAGAUGUGCCAAAGCUCAAUAUGUUCUGUUGUAAAAAUACCAUUAUACAUAAAAUCUAUCACAACUAAUUCACACAUAAAUAUGUAUUCUUUCUUAGAUGUCUUUUUUAAACGCUUUUACCAAAAACAAUUUGUUUUUCGUUGUAAAUAUGUUAGUUAGUACAAAAAUCGGUGGAAGAUUAUUUAUGUAUAUAUGUAAUAUGAAUUCUUUCUCGGUCGUGAAAGUUCCAAGCAUCUUUGGUAAGGUGUUUAUAUUGUCUAUAAAUGCCGUAACUCAAUAUUAUACAGAAAUUAAAUAAAUAUAUAUUUGUAUCAAAAUACUAUAAAACAUACAUUAUACAAAUAUGUACUAUUUCUUAUGUUCUUAUUAUUUCCAAGACGCUUAGAACUAUUCAUGAAUCUGGGACUUCUUGGUGAUGUCGCCGUUUUUCUUUCAAAUAUUAGACGCAUAUCAUUCUAAUUAAUUUGUAUUAACUUGUGUUUGUCAAUAUUGUCCUGAUAUUCAGGUUUGUUCGAUAAUGUAUGGUAUUUCUUACAAUUCGCCCAUGUUUAAAAUUGGGCAUAAUAAAUGACUAUUCGUAGGGAUAAAGAAUGGGAUUCUAAAAUAACACUCGUCGUACAAAACUUUUGUGGCAGCGAUUUAUUUAUUAAAUAUCCAUGCAACGCGAGUACCGCCUUUGUGAACCUUAUUAAUUAGAGGUGAUAAGUAACAAGGCCAUUUAUAAUCCCAUUUUAUAUCUACGCGGGUAGUUUAGGAUCAUUUGAAAAAAGCGUAAUAGUCCGUAUGAGUACAUUUACCCUACCGCGCACUAUUCUCUACACGCGCUUAUUUUUGUCACCUUCAAAUGUUGCAUAUGAUUGUGUAGCCUAGCGGUAACUAUAUAAAUAUAGUAAAUGAUAGUGAAUUAUUUAAUUGUGUUAGCUAAAGUGACGCGCCUCAAGCAGCAAAAUCGAAAAAUCCUUUGUGAAAGCAAAUCUUAUUUGCUCUGAUAUUGUUCUAGAUAUUUGUCGAACCUGCAUACAUUCUAUUUAUAUAUAACAUGUUUUAGAACGGAAGUUUUAUGUAGGCGUGUCAUUUUAGAAUAUGUUAUUGAUAUGAUUGAUAAUGGGACAGAGCAACCUUUUCAAGACUUACCACCAACGACUUAGAGACGCGCGGUUAUUAAUUUAUGUAACUUAAUAACGCUCAAACAAAAUUUCAGCAUAUUAUAUUACAGUUAGACAACUUUCAAAUUUCGGUUUUCCAUGUCAGAUCGCAGAUGAUUGCGGUUUUGCUUAUUUUUUGCUAACAGCUUCUGGCUUUCCCAUUACCAAUCACUACACCACUGAUGUUGAACUCAAUUGGGUUACAAUAAAUUGUGAGUCCGUAAUAGACCGCGUCGCUGAACCAAAUCGUAAGUUUUGCAAAUAUAGUAAAUGAAGGAAAUUGUAAAUUUCCAAGCUUUUAUUGAAAUAAGCUAAAUUCGAAGUGCACUUAAUGGAUUGAACCAAAAAAGAUUAUAUAAUUUUAUAAAAUGUUAGAAGUUAUUAAUGAAGAGUCGGCGGUAUUCAAUGUUUGUAAACAGAAGCCGGUUAAAGAUAUUUGAUUGUAAUAAAUAUACCAUUUUAACAUU